AUGCUCGAGGAGGAGGCAGACCUGAUGGACGCAGACUUAGCGAUGACGGCUGCUGCAGAGCCGUCACAGCCCAAGCGACAGCGAACAGAACAUGCAGGCGAGGCGGACGCGCUUGACGACACCAUGACCCAGUUCAUGAGUACAGACGUCGAUCCGGCAUUACUUCCACAGGAAGACUCCACGGUCGCAGAGGGCAGCAUCCUGGAACAAGUGCAAGAAACCCGUGAUGUGAUUCGGGAGUUUGCACAUGUCGAGACAUGGUCCGAGCAGUUCCGUCACAUCAUGGAAGGUGCGCUGGCUGUGCAUCGCCUACGGCUGCUGGACCUGAGCAGACGCGAGGAGGUCUUGUUUGUAGAGCUCAUCGAAGGGCGAGGACUCCAUGUGCGAGCACACGAUAGCCAACGUUUCUUCUACUCGGAGCAUGGCCGCUGGUCAGCCUACAAUGGUGUUAUUCCUCAAAGGACAUUGGCACGCUGCAAAGCCUUUCUCAUCCAGUUGGAAAGGCUGUGCUCCAUGUUUGGCAAUAAUGUUCUUCGCGAGAACCAAGGCAUCUUGAUGCAGCACAAGAACUACUACAACAGCACGGAGGACGAUUGGAUGUGCUCCUUGCGGCUUGUGAGAAAGCUGCCAUAUGUCGCGCAAACAUCUCUGUUGAACGACAGUCUCAUCAAAUACUACGUCGAGUGGUGUUCGAUAGAUGCAUGUCAGCAGGGUGGCUUCUGCACCAUGGACGGCUGUUUCGUUUUCGAGCCUAGCGGCCGCAUGGCGGCGGUUCCAAAGUCUCCCCGAACCAAUGUGUAUGUGCACUUGCCACGCCGCAUGCUGGACGCGUUGUCGGAUGACGUGAAGGACCGGGUCCACAUGUUCUGGCAAACCACUUACUGGGGGAAUGCACCUGCGUUUGAUGUUUGUAUGGCGUCCCUCACUUUGGCACUUCGUGGGAGAACGUGGAUCGGUCAGAGCUUACAGACUGCUCAUCUGGAAGGCAUUCUCGGCACCUAUCAGAGCUAUCACUCCUGCCUCGACAUGAACAUUUAUUUCAUGGACGAG